GAUGCGGUUGUCGGUGGCGGCCGCUAUCUCGCACGGGCGAGUGCACCGGCGGUUUGGGCUGGGCCCGCGCUCGCGCCUCGACCUGCUGCGCAACCUCGUGACGGCGCUGGUGCGGCAUGAGCGCAUCGAGGCGCCCUGGGCGCGGGCCGAUGAGAUGAGGGGCUACGCCGAACGGCUCAUCGAGUACGCCAAGCUGGGGGACGCCAACGAGCGCGCCAUGCGCAUGGCGAAUUUCUGGCUGACGGAGAAGGACCUCAUCCACAAGCUGUUCAAGGUGCUGGCACCCCGGUUCCAGCCCCACCCCGGCAGCUACACUCGCCUGCUGCAGAUCCCCAACCGGGAUGGUCUUGAUCGGGCAAAGAUGGCGGUCAUCGAGCUCAAGGGCAACCCUUUCCCACCGCUCAUCUGCCCGCGCCGCGACACUGAGAAGACACUGAUCAACCAGCUUCUGAAGGGCUACCGGCAGGACAUGCAGCAGGCGGCAGCCCCCCAGACCCCCGAGGGCACCCCUGUCUAGGCAUCCCCCUCUCUGCCCUGAGGGGGACCCCGUGCCUGCGCAGGGAUGGGGCUUGGCCUGAGCUGCCCACGCACCAGCCAGCUUGUCGCCAUCCUGGAGCACAGGAAUGGAGGAUGUCCUGGGAGGUCUGAAGGUUGAUUACUAACCAUGGGUUGCCAUGACAGGGACGCAAGCUCAAGGUUUACUUGUUUCAUCCUGUAGUCUGAAUAAAGACUCAGCAAGAGAAGGAAAUCAAGCUGGGAACCCUAAUGGUUGAUACUCUCUGUGUAAAUAAACUCUGUUCAGAAAGACGUGUACCUCACACACUACCACUUCUGUUUUAAUUAAUUCCAGUGCGAAAUUAAAGAUGUGUGGUACUGUUUAAGGAAGAAGAAACAAGAGUCAAACUACCAAGAAAUCAGUGUUCAGGCAGCCCUUAAUUUUUAUGUUUCUAAUAACCUUGAAACUGCCCUCUUUGCAGUUGACCUAGCAUCUUGUUCAAACAGAUGUUUUCCCACUCCAUAGAAGAGAUGAACCAAACUGCCAUUGCUGCAGAGCUUCCACAUUAUUAAAAGUCCAUGUUGAGGCUUUAAUGAAAUACUCAAGAGUAAUACCUUAUCUAUAUUUGUUCCUUAAAUUGGUCUUUCAACCUAGUAAACUGAACCCCAGCACAUUACCAGUAAUUAA